ACAAAUACUCAAGAUGCAGCUACUAAACAUUUGCUUAGCGCUAUUGGCUUGCUCAGCCUGCGGCAUGGCCAGUCCUUUGAGCAAUCGCUACUUGCCACCACAUCAGCAGCAGCACCAGGGCUACAAUGGCUAUCAGCAGUUUGCAGCUAGUUCAGGCUAUGCCUCGGUGGCUGCGCCUACGCAGCAAUAUUUGCCGCCAGCAGCGAGCUACAACGACUUUGCAGCCUCCUCCUCAGCCGCUGCCUAUGCCACGCCCUCACGUCAGUAUCUGGCGCCUGCAGCAAGUCACAAUAGCUAUGCCGCGCCCGCACAUCAGUAUCAACAUCAUCAUCACCAGCAAGCGGCGCCUGCUGUUGCUCAUCAUAGCUACCAAGCCGUCGCGCCCGCUGCCACGAACUUUAACUACGCCACUUCUGCCUCCGCUCAUGCCACUCAAGCAGUUCGUCCUGUCGGCCGCACCACCAGCUACAGCUACGCCAGUCCAGCCCGCUAUGCGCCACGUCAGUCGCUUCAUGUCUACAACACUGCAGCCGCCUCUGCCCAGUCCCACUCCUAUGCACGUGCUCCUGUCCAGCAUCACAGCUACGCUCAACAUGGCAGCUCAUCGGGCUAUACUCAGCAUGGCAGCUCAUCGGGUUACACUCAGCAUGGCAGCUCAUCGGGCUACGCUCAGCAUGGCAGCUCAUCGGGCUAUGCUUAUGAUGGCGCCGCUUCCACUGGCACUCGCUAUGGCUCCAAUGGCGGCUAUCUCUACCGCUAG